UGAUACUACAAUUUAGUCGGACGGGCAUGCGUGCUGAAUGAAGAAAAAGGGAAGGACAUCUAUAUCGCAUGACGAGCUAGAGCGCAGUCGUUGCAUCGCCGCGUGUUACGAUCGUUUUACGAUGACAAUGGAUUCCGAAGAAGAUUUAAAUUACGCCAUUGGCUGGAAUCGAAUUAAUCUACGAAUACUUGGUAUAUGGCCGGACUCGAAGGGCGAUGAAAGUGAUCCUACCUUUUCCAAAUAUUUCUUCAUUCUACAUUCAUUCUUUAUGCUAGGAUUUGUCACCCUACCCCAGUCGGCAUAUCUUCUAAUGAUAUGGGGUGACUUAGAAUUGAUGACAGAAAUAUUAGCGACGGCAAUCCUACCGGUUACCAUGGCUUGCAUAAAGUUAGUGUUUACACGAUAUCGUUUGGAAUCACUUAGACCACUUCUAAGUUCCUUCGUAGAAGAUUGGAAGAGACCGAAAAGCCAAGACGAGAGAUCGGUCAUGUUGGUUAACGCUAAAAAGGCAAGAAUCAUUUCGAUAUGGUGUACGACGUUAGCAUAUUUCAUGACAUCGACUUACAUUCUACCUCGAAGCUUGAUGAUCGCGCAAAUGGAAAGAGAUCAAUUCGAACCUCCAUGUACGGUCAUUUAUCCAGCUUAUUUUCCUUACGAUAUUAGCGGAACAUCAACUUUCUUUAUUUCCUGUUUCGGACAAAUCGUAGCGGGCUACAGCGCUACCUUAUCGUAUAUAAGCAUAGACACGUUCAUCUCAAUGCUCGUUCUUCAUGCCUGCGCACAAAUUUCCAAUCUCAGGCGUUCGCUUGAAAAACUAACAAACGAUAUGACCGAGAUAGCCAAUGAUUUUACAAAAAAAAUGACAUGGAUAGUAAGGAGACACGAAUAUCUCAAUCGGUUGGUCAAUCGAACGAGCAUUUUUUUAUUAUCAAUGAUGCAGCACUUUGCGAUUAAGUUUAUAAUUAUUAUCAUCUAA